ACCACUGCAAAAAGUUUGAAAGUUAGGUAGAGCAAAAAAAAUUUUUUUUAAUUUUUAUAUUUCUUUAGCUAUGGGUUAUCCUAAUAUUUUAAAAAGUCAAUUAACUUGUAAACAAGGCGCUGUUCGCACAAUCAGCUUUAAUUUUGAUGGAAACUAUUGCAUGACUGGUGGAUCUGAUAAAUCAAUAAAACUAUGGAAUCCUUUUAAAUCAUCGCUCUUAAAGACUUAUAUGGGACACGGAUAUGAAGUGUUAGACGUUCAGUCUUCAGCUGAUAGUUCACAUAUAGCAUCUGGUGGAAUGGACAAAAGCAUUUUUUAUUGGGACGUUAGUACCGCCCAAAUAGUGAGAAAGUUUCGAGGUCAUGCUGGUUAUGUCAAUGCUAUUAAGUUCAAUGAAGAAUCUACAGUUAUACUAUCUGCUUCAGUUGAUAAUACUGUUUGUGGUUGGGAUUGCCGUAGCAAGUCUCGCGAGCCUAUUCAGGUCUUGCGUGAUGCUAAAGAUUCUGUGACAUCCUUGUCUGUAUCUGACUAUGAAAUACUCACAGCAUCAUUAGAUUGCUGUAUUAGACGUUAUGACAUGCGAAAAGGACUAUUAUGUCAAGAUAAUUUGAGUAGUUCAGUCAACUGUGUUAACUUCACAAAAGACGGCCAGUGUGUUCUUGCUAGCUGUUUAGACAAUACUUUGCGACUUACAGAUAAAGAAGGGGGUGAGGUGCUUUCUGAGUACAUAGGCCAUAAGAAUGAGAGGUAUAGGAUAGAAAGCUGCCUCAAUGACACAGAUUCCCUCGUAGUUUCUGGAUCUGAAGAUGGUUGUGUUUACAUGUGGGACCUAAUUGAAGUCAGGUUCCAUUAAAGAAACUCUCAAACAUGAAAGGCAUAAAGUGGUUCAUUCAAUAUCGUUUCAUCCCUCAAAACCUAUUAUGCUGACUGCGGCUGAAGCAGAUGCGUAUCUUUGGAUUGAUUCUUCUGAAAUCUCAGAUGUAGGGGACGACAAUUGAAGAUUCACCACCAAUUCUGCAUUUGCUGUCAUCGUCUUGUACAUAUCUUUGUAAAUAUUUUUAGUUAAUUAUUAAAUUUGAAGGUUGUAGUUAGA